AUGACUCGUUGGUCAUCAUGGGAGUAUUUUGGUGCUAGUUUCUACUGUAUCAGAAUCAACUCGUUUCUUGUAUUGGGAAUAUCGAUACUUGUUUUGUCUGAUAUACUGCAUGGAUCGCAGUUUGAUUCAGGCAUUUUCAAUACUCAAGUUCACAUCAGAAUCGCCAAAGUUUUCCAAUCAAACGAGCAAUAUGGACCUGAUAUGCCACGGGAGAUCACUCGGAAACACGACAGCUGUUGUCUCGUUGACUGGGUUGACGGCGAGACAUUGCAAAUUGUGCUCAAUGGUGAGAAUGGACCAGGAGUGGAUAUAUACUUUAUUCUGAAACGCGCAAAAGACUCUGGCUAUAUCAUAGUUUUGGAUCAACGAAAACGACUUGGUUCUGAUAUUACAAACUCGGAUCUGACCACUUUCCGAUCAAAAUUACCGAACCCGCCAGCAUGUUUAAACAAGUUCAAGUUGGACUCUGUUUUUGGUUUGAUGAGCAUAUAUUCAGAGAUUAACAUUAACCAUGUUCCAGAUUCAACGUAUUUUGUUUCUGCAUCAGAUUCUCUGUAUUUUCAUGGUUCACUCUAUGAUCAUCCAAGGUGUUCUAUGGCCAUUGAUGUCAAUUCUGCAUUGAAAAUCUCGAUCAAACAGAUAUUCUGCGGUACCAAUCAUGAGCAAACGAAUCUGACAGGCAAGGUCAUUAAACAGCGCUACAACAAACGCAUUGCAAACUAUGAUGAACUUGAAUCAUUGGUGUCAGAAUGGGGUGGAAAGUUGGACGAGUCGGCUCAUGCAAGAAUCAAGUUUUAA